AUGCGCUUCCCAAAGAUUGUCCUCGAUAUUAAUGUAUAUAGAAGGGAUUCAUCCCCAUCUGUGAAUAACAUUCUUCUUCUAGACUCUGAAGGGAAGCGUGUGGCUGUCAAGUAUUACUCAGAUGAUUGGCCAACAAAUGGUGCAAAGCUAGCUUUUGAAAAAUCUGUAUUCGCUAAGACUCUAAAGACCAAUGCAAGGCUAGAAGCGGAGAUAAUGAUGUUCGACAGCAACAUUGUUAUAUACAAGUUUAUGCAGGACCUUCACUUCUUUGUGACUGGAGGCGACGAUGAAAACGAACUCAUUUUAGCCACUGUACUUCAGGGAUUCUUUGAUGCAGUUGCCCUUCUCUUGAGGCACAAUGUCGACAAAAGGGAGGCGCUAGAGAACCUGGAUCUCAUACUUCUAUGCUUUGAUGAGAUCGUAGAUGGAGGGAUGAUACUUGAAACAGAUCCAACUGUUAUCGCAGGAAAGUGGGAGAGAAGAAGUAAAGCAGCAUAUUUCCAGGAGGAUAUCGAUGUGGUCAGAACUGAGUGGGCAAAGUUUGUGGUUAAAACAUAUAUGUAAGAUUUGUGUUGGUACUUCUUGGAGACUUAGUUCAAAGUUUGUGGUUAUGUUUUGGCUGGACAAGAUCAGUAGCUAGUACUUUGAAUUGAUAUGUAAGAAAUACUUUAACAAUUGGGUACUCUAUUUCUAGUUUCGGUGUGUUUUGGCAAUGUAUGACAAUGAUGUGCUAUAGUAAAUGACAUUUGAACCAAUUUGUGUUUCA